AUGCGGAGCGCAAGGAAUCUCCGCGCAGAGGCGCAGGUGACCACCGACCGAAGUCUGCCGUCCUUCGACAACCACUACAGCAAUGGCGUCCUCAUGGAAAACUGGCAGGAGGGACGCAUUUACGACGCCUGUGGUCGCAAGUUCACGCUGGCGAUGGACCGCCCUGUAGGGGUCUCGCACUCAAUGUACACGACCGACUACACCAACCCAGGCAGAACCUCGCCGCAGCCCAUGAUGCGACGCAGGGGGCUCGGGAAAGAGCUCAUGUUCGGCGAGGGCAAACCCGCCACCUUCGACGGGGUCCCCACAAGCACCACCUACGGCGAAACGCAACGGCACCUAAUCCACAGCAAAAACGGCAAACCACGGCGUUCUCCGCGCCAAAUGGAUGCUACAUUUGGGGAGAGUGGCUGGCGCACCUUCAGCGAGAGCUCAACAGUGGCAAGCAACUGCCCCACAGCAGACGAAGACAAUUUCGGAAGGUUCAGCAGCACCAAGGCAGUUAUGGACCUACCGGUGGAAUGCUACCACUUCCAACGACAGAUGGCCUGCCAUGAAAUGUCGCAAUGA